GGGAUGUAAUGCUUGUUACUUCCGGUUUACCUGUAAUGAUUCGGAGGUGACAAAACAAUCGAAUAUUUCGAUUUAGGAGGAAUUACACACAUAAAUAACAGAGUCGAGUUGCCGUCAGGAUGCCCUCCACAAAGAGAACUGUCCUUGUCACAGGGUUUGGGCCGUUUGGCUGCCACAAGGUGAACGCCAGUUGGGUGGCGGUACAGGAGUUGGAGAAGUUGGGACUUGGCGAUGAUGUCGACCUGGUCACCCAGAAGCUGGCAGUGGAGUAUGACACCGUCACCAACACCAUCCCCACCAUGUGGCAGACGCACAAGCCAGCGCUCGUGGUGCACGUAGGGGUCUCCGGCAUCGCGACAGAGUUGACCUUGGAGCAGCAGGCCCACAACGACGGCUACGACAAGCAGGACAACAAUGGCACCUGCCCUACAACUCGAUGCUGUGUGGAUGGUGCUGACAACUGCAUCGUGUCCGAGAUCGACAUGCAGUAUGUAUGUCAGGAGGUCAACAAUGCAGGGAUCAAGGUCAAGGCCGUUGUGUCACAUGAUGCUGGAAGAUAUCUAUGCGACUUCUCUUUUUUCACAUCUCUACACAUUGAUCGUUGCCGAGCUGCCUUUGUCCAUGUGCCUCCCCUCAACACUCCGUACACUGCUCCCGAGUUGGCGGAGGGCCUGCGAUGUGCCCUGCUCUCCAUGCUCAAGCAGGUGUCUUGACUACACGCCAGAUGUAGAAUGCAUCGCUACUUCUAAGAAUCCCAUUCACUUCGAUCAAGCAUAAUUCCGAAGAUAAUGCAAUAAUUGAAAUGCUCACCACAACUCUGUCACCACCAAUCAUCCACCAAUCAAACUGCACAUUUGCACCUGAUGGAAGUAGCUGUCUGUUUGUAGAGGUCGUAUGUGAAAGGUCGUGGGUCAAGAACAAAAGUUCAAUGUCACAUCUUGUUUUGAUGUCUGUUGUGAAUCAGGAAACAGUUUUUGCACAGUUGCCAUGGUAACUAUGAUCCUGAAGUGUUUCCAAACUGAUUUUACUACAAUAUUCAGAUUUGUGUUUCAGUUGAGCUAUGACUGAUAUUUGUCAAUGUAUAUUUUACCAAACCAUCUUAAUAUCGAUGAACAUUGGUGACUGUGACGUAAAGCAACAGUUUGCAUCCUCUCAGUUCACUUGUUUUCUUGGCGAAAGAUAGAAAUCUUGAAAUAAAAUAUAUAACGAGACACAAACUAAAAGAUAUUGAGGAAGCAUAUUUUCACAUCACCUUUGGCUGUUGAAAAUUAAUAGGCUGAUUAUUAUGACAAAAACUAAAUGAAUCUUGCUAUUUACAAUUAUGAAUAUUAUAUGUUUGAUGCAAAAGCAGCUCUGAAUUCCAAUAAGACUGAAAUUAUCAGAUGUCUGAUGUGGGGAAAUGGACAUGCAUUUGUAUUUUUUUGUUUCUUUGUUUCUUAUUUCGAACUUGGUCUUGUGUGAUAUCAAGUACUUCUUCUAUUCUGAUUACACAUUUGCAGUGUUUCCCGAUUGUGAGUUGUGUUUAUUUGGCACUGAGAUUGAUUCAGUUUGUUUCAUCUGUGAGGAGUGUUGUGUCAUGUGACUGUAUGAUAUGUGUGUCACAUGACAAUGUGUAUGACGUAUGUGUGUCACGUGACAAUGAUGUUGAUCCCGUUGUCAUGUGACAGUGUGUAUGACAUGUGUCUCACAUGACAACGAUGUUAAUAGCUUGGUCAUGUGACAGUGUGAAUGAAGUGUCACAUGACAACAAUGUUAAUAUCUGGGUCAUGUGACAAUGUAUAUGACAUAAAUGUCAUAUGACAACAAUGUCAAUAGCUUGGUCAUGUAACAGUGUGAAUGACGUGUCACAUGACAACAAUAUUAAUAUCUGGGUCAUGUGACAGUGUGUAUGACAUGUCACAUGACAACAAUAUUAAUAUCUGGGUCAUGUGACAGUGUGUAUGACAUGUCACAUGACAACGAUGUAGCUGGGUCUUGUAACCAUGGUAACAGACAUCACUUGUAGAUGUAUAUAUGCAUGUACAACCUACCAAAGGAUAUUCAGUUUGCCAAGACAAUUAUGAAAUGAUUUUAUGAAAUGAUAUAAACAGCAAGUUGAUAGUAGAUGCCAUCACUGAUAUUGAGUCACGAAGAUAAGUUCUGUACUAAACAGUGUAAGCAUUCUAAAUGUUUUAAGUAAUUCUUUAUAUUUAAUUACUGUGCAAAGUGGUCCUAGUCUCUGUGAAUAUACAUAUUGUCAUCAUAAUUAUUAUAUACAAGAAAUAGUAAUGGAUCUUUACAAGAAUUACUAGUUUGUUGUUGGCAUGAUUUUUGUAGGAUGCAAGAUCAGAUAGACACUGUACAAAGGGCACUCCCAACAGAGUUGUUUGUUAAAAAGAGAUUCCUCAGAAUAGAAAAUCUGUAUGUGUUAACUUCUACUCCAAGAAUUCUUCUUGAUCCAGAUAUUGAUUUGGUAAAUUAAUUUUUAGUUAUAUUGCAUUUUUGUAAAUAUUAUUUUACUCUUACUGCUUUUUUCUAGGUAGGUGAAAGUAUACCUAAUUUUAAACAAAGUUUAAUCCAGCAAUUCUGUAUGUAUUUUGAGAUGAUGCUACAUCACAAAGGCAAGAAAAUUGUGGGUGUCUAAGUUGCGUCAUUUAUGAAGUUUAAACAAAAGAAUAAGUUGCCUCAUUAAUGAUGCUUCUUCUACCGGUACAUGCAGACGAUGCAGUGUCCUUCUUCCAAUGUUACAGUGCAUGGUCACCUGGUGUAGGCCCUCGGUGGUUCAAGAAGGACAUGUUUUAAGUGUGUGUGCACUUUGAGAGGAAUUUUUGUGGAGUGUUGAUAUUGUGAUAUUUCCUGAAAAGGAUUUCUUUGGAUCAAACUGUUUUAUGAGUUGAUUUCAGAUGAGGAACUUACUGUCAGAGUUAUGUCCCUUUGAACAUUAUUUCCUUUUACAAUUUUUUUUUAAUUUGGAAUUUGAUGUUUGAAACAUUUUGGAUAUGAUUAAUUAAUAACGUUUUUUUAAAUAUCUUUAAGGUAUGUAGAGAGAGCAAUGGUAUCAAAUCUGUUGUUUUGUUGUCUUAAAUUCUAAAUGUGUGGUACCUUGUGGGGUUUUUCUCCUGAUCGUCCAGUGAUUGAUGUAUAUUUCAAAACAGGACCUGUAACACUUUCUGUUCUUGCUAAACUGACAAAUAUUACCAUCUUUCAGUUAUCAUUUCCUUUCAAUAAAAUUGACAGUUAUUAUAUGUCAAAAAAAGAGAAAAACACUUGGUUUGUUUACUAUUUGUGUAAACCUAAUCGGGAAAUAAACAUCUAAAUAUCAUUAUGCUACAUGAUGCCAACAUUAUCUUUCAGGGGACUAUGUAUAUAUGAUUCUCUGUUGUGUACCAGAUACUUUGUGAUGCACAGGGUUUUAUAGGUAAAUCUGUCAAAUGUACAUUUUAUGUCAUACCUGUAAAUGGAUAAGGGUUAUGGUCUGAUCUUCAGGUUUAAUGUAGAACAUGUCACAGAUUUCUUCACACGUGUGAUGACUGUGGUUUCUUGUGUCUUUAACAUGGCAUUCAACAUGUUCGAUAACCUAAGUUAUUUCUUUGUUAUGUUGUACCUAGAAUCAUUUUUACUUUGAAUUGUAUCUGGUUUUUUAUGUCUGAUCCAUACAGUAUUCAACUGGGAUUUUAUACAUAAAUGUUACACAUUGUACAAUGAAUCUGUAACCAUGGUAACAUGGGAUCUAUAUUCCUUUACCAUCAGUGAGUAAAUGUUAAACUGUU